AUGAGCGGAGUUGUGGCAUGGUGCGUGAUCGGUAAGCACGAUAAAGUUGUCACUUCUCAACUUAACCCGAACAACUCAAUGUACUCCUGCUACCUCUACCCGCCCAACAGUCUGUCAUUGAGCGACAGCGUGAUUGGAAACGUGGCAACUCGUGCUCGGACCACUGAGGUUACUUGCAGCGAAGAGCUCAGCACUGUGCAAUCACCACCACCCCAACCAUUACGCAAGACAAACCACACGACAUCGACGGUUGCUAAGAACCCUCAGCCGCGAAAACGCAGUGCAAAGGCACUACAUGCCAUCGAAAAGACCUUCCCUGUACCAUUCACAGACGUUUACGACCCAGUCGAUCAUCCUCGGAGUGCAACAUUCUUGCGACAGCUUCAAAGAAAGCAACAACAUCGAGAGCGCUGUCGGCAGAACCAAGCUCGUUACCGUGAAAAGCAGCUGAAGCUGAUAACAGACCUGGAGAACGACAACAACCGACUGCGCACCGAGAUUAACCUACUCGAGUUACGGCAACACAGCUCAUCCACUGGCGUCCCGACAGCACCAACAGUUUGGUCCGUCGCGUCCGAGUACUUCCGACUUUUUCGACGUGGUUUUAAAUCGCCGUCACCAGUACUUUACUCCUAUGCCCUUGCGUUUUUCGAGAAAUCAAUGGCUUCAGACAUAGUCCAUGGAACGUUACUGGGGUCGAGGGAACUGCUAGAGAAAUGGCAAGUAUUUUCGUCCUACUUCGACGAGAUUGACUUCAAAAUCAAGCGACUCGAGGAGAACAAUGUAGAAAGUGUACUGGUCGCCACUACCACCACCAGCUUCACAAUUACGUCGGAUUCGUUGCGAAUUGUAUUUCCCCAUCUGAAUAACGAUGGCCAAGGAGGAUCCCAAGGGGGCGAGUGGUCUGUACUUGCAACAAAGGUCGUUGACCAGCGUCUCGUUCUGUGCGGAUCAGUAAAGUUUUUCUGGGAUGACGCGACCGAUCGCGUGGUGCGGAUGGAGACACAGUCAGACCUGCUGACACCGAUGCUUCACAUACUGGGAAGUUUGAAGGACGUCAGUCAAGUGUUUAAUGGUGCCUUUGUGAAGCCAGACUGCACGUUACUCCCUAGACCAAUGCUCUGA